AUGCGUGUCAGUCCAGUACAACUAGACCAUUUCUUAACGUUUAUCACCAGCCGACACGUCAUACAGGAUCUUCCAUUUGGUCAGUGCAAUCUCCAGUUGUCAAAUGGUCAAGUCAUCGAAACACCCAAUGUUAUAUGGACUAUGAUUAAACAGCGUACCAUCACACAGUAUGUUCAAUACUGUGAGGAGACUGAUUUUAAACCAUUUAGUACCUCGACGAUGAACCAUAUCCUCACAUCUUGUUCGGCGUCUUUCAGAAAGUCUCUUCAGGGAUUAGAUUAUAUAUCUGCAGAAGGUGGAACAGGAUUUGAUGAUCUUGCAACAAUCACAGACAAGCUCGUCGACUAUGGUCUUGAUCCCUGCAAUGGUCAGAAACUUCAAAAGGCACUGAAGGAGGGAAAACAAUACCUCAAAACCGAUUUUAAGGUAAAAUUAUGAUACAUAUUGUAUUUACUUGAAUAAGUGCCAUGGCGUUUAUUAAAUUUUUCGUGGCACCCAUACAGCGCUUAUAUUCAGGGGCAGCGUUUAAUCAGAUGAAGCGCUUAUUCGAGUAUACGUUAUUUGAUGUUGGUCUUUACAAACUUAUUAGACGAAUGAUUUUCCUCUAGUCUCCAUUAAAUACUUAGCAAUGCUAUAAAUGAAAAAGUUAUCGCUGAUCAUAUGCUUAUGCACACGAUCUGUUUACAAACACUCAACACCCGAGGUUUUCGAAAUCAAAGUAUUAUCAUUUUUAUUUCAGGUUCAUGUAGCUCAGAUGUCUAGUACAGCUGAUCAUUGCCUUUCAUUAGCCCUAAGCGAUUCCAAGGAAAAAGGGCUACAAGAGCCUUGUGAUCACCCCCAUUACAAGUAUUGCCAAUCCUGUGAGCAGUUGAAAACUACCCUGAAUGAACUAAAAGACCAGAUCAAAAUUUUGGCAGACAAAGACGAUGAUUUGCUUUAUUGCUACCAACAGGCAGCUCAAGCCAUUGAAAGCUGGAAGUCUCAUCUGCUUUGA